UUUUUGCUGCGUUUGUCAUAUGUCACUUGUUCAGAUCGUUUUGACACUUGUGUUUUAUUGCAUCAAAACAAACUCUGUAAUAAAACUAAUAAACUAUUUAGGUUUUUUUAUAUUGAAUCGUUUAAUUCUGAAGUAAUGAUUUCAUCUACAAAAUUUGUAUUAUUACGUAGCUUAAGCAGCAGUCAAGCAAGAAAUUUUGCAAAAAGCACAGUAAACAAAAAGAAAACCUUACCAUAUUUUAAAAUAGGAACUGGAAGUAUUUUUACAACAUUUAUUGUAUAUGAUUACAUUGUCAAUGAUUUUACUUAUUGCGGUGCAAUAAGUAGAUUUAUGCGAUCAUUAAAAGUUGCAACUCAAAUUUCAUGGGAUUACUUGUUGCUUCAAAGGAAAGAAAGCUACGAAAACUAUGAUGUACUUGUUAAAGAGGUUCAUCUUAAAAGUGCCAAUAGGUUACUUGAUGCCUGUUUGAGGAACGGUGGACUUUAUAUCAAAGUUGGCCAAGGUGUUGCUGCAAUUAAUCAUAUUUUGCCUCUUGAAUAUACACAAACCUUAUGCAAACUUCAAGAUGAAUGCUUGCCAACAUCAAAAGAAGAUGUCCAAAAAGUAUUUACUAAAGACUUCGGAAUGUUACCAGAGGAUAUGUUUCAAGAUUUUGAUUAUAAACCAAUAGCAGCAGCAAGCUUAGCACAAGUUUUUCGAGCUAAACUUAAAACCGGUGAAGAAGUAGCAGUUAAGGUCCAAUACGGUGAUUUACAAAAACGAUUUACAAGUGAUUUGGGAACUAUCAUUUUCCUCCAAGACAUUGUUGAGCUUUUCUUCAAAGACUACAAUUUUGGAUGGAUAGUCCGUGACGCUAAAAAAAAUCUCAUUCAAGAAUUGAAUUUUAUAGAAGAAGGCAAAAAUUCGGAGAAAUGCGCUAAAGACUUGCAAAAAUUCAACUUUGUACAUAUUCCUAAAGUGUACUGGAACCACACAAAAGAACGAGUUCUUACAUUGGAAUGGAUUAACGGACUGAAAAUUACCAAUGUGAUCGAUUUGAAAAAACAAAAUCUUAAUCUUUCAGAAAUUGAUUUUAAAUUGUUUACCAUUUUCGCAGAACAGAUUUUUAAUACCGGCUUUGUGCACGCAGACCCACAUCCUGGAAAUAUAUUUGUUCGUAAGGCCAAAAACAGCAACGAAUCUGAAUUGGUUAUUCUGGAUCAUGGACUUUACGAAACUGUACCGGAAAAUGUACGUUUGCCUUUGUGUGAAUUCUGGGAAGCCACCGUUCUGAAAGACGAAAAGAGAAUGAAACGAAGUGCCUUGGCUCUUAAUAUAAAUGAAUACAAAAACUUUGCCCAAGUUUUGUUUCAGGUUCCAUUCGAAAUAAAUGGAGGACAAGUCAAAACCAAACUCUCCGAUAAAGAUAUUGAAUAUAUGCAACAAAUAGCCAAAAAUAAUUUCGACAGAAUAAUGCAAACUCUGCGAGAAAUGCCAAGAAAUAUGCUUUUUGUUGUAAGGAAUCUAAACACAAUUCGGGCGAUAAGUCGUCAUCAUGGGGAUGUUGUGGAUCGACCGAAAGUAAUGGCGCGCCAUGCUCAAAGAUGCAUGUAUACGAAGUAUAAUUCGUUUCUUGGCUAUUUGCGUUGGAUUUGUAGACGUGCUAUUUUUGAGUAUUGUCUAUUGAAAAAUUCAUUCAAGACAUCAGUUUUUAGUUUAUAUAUAAACGUUUUGUAUAAACUAGGAAGAUCACCAGUCACGUCUAAGCAAGUGUUUAAGUCUGGAAUGGAAGCUAGUAUGACAUGACAGUUUUCAUUUCGUGUUGCACAAUUUAUCUAAAUUUAUGUUUGAACCGAUUUGUUGAUGUUUUAAGUAUAAAGUUGAUAAUAUGUACGUACAUGUAUAAAGAAAUAAAUGAAUAAUGUUUUAUUUUAAUAAAAUUUUCGAAAAUACAAAA